GGUCAAGAGAGCGGAUUGAGACGCGAUCUAAAGGCUUCCUGUUGCUUUAGUUUCUAAACAUGGCGUCCGUCGAUCUGAGAGAUAAUCUGCUGGGAAUAUCAUGGGUAGACAGUAGCUGGGGGCAGAUGCUGAACCCUGGCAACGUGCUAGACUAUUUUUCAGAGAGAAGUAACCCAUUUUACGACAGAACAUGCAACAAUGAAGUGGUGAAGAUGCAGAGGCUUACUCCUGACCACCUUAAUCAGAUGGUAGGAGUAGAGUACAUUCUGCUUCAUGCUCAGGAGAUGAUCCUCUACAUCAUCAGGAAACAGCAAAGACAGUCACCUACACAAGUAAUUCCUCUGGCUGAUUAUUAUAUUAUUGCUGGUGUGGUGUAUCAGGCUCCUGAUCUCGGCUCAGUCAUCAACUCCAGAGUGUUAUCAGCAGUACAUGGGGUCCAGUCAGCGUUUGAUGAAGCAAUGUCGUUCUGCCGUUAUCAUCCAUCAAAGGGCUACUGGUGGCAUUUUAAGGAUCAGGAGGAACGAGAGAAGGUGAAACCUAAGAGUAAGAAGAAGGAAGAGCCGAGUUCUCUGUUCCAGAGACAGAGAGUAGAUGCAUUACUGCUCGAUCUCAGAAAUAAAUUUCCUCCCAUGUACUACCAGCCUAAACCUGGAGAGAAACCAGUACCAGUGGAGGUAAAGAAGGAGGCUGAGCUUCCAGCAGAAACCACCAAACAGGAAGAGAGAGAGGCACCAAUUAAACCCCCUGCUACUACCGGAACCAGUAAACCUCCACCUGAGAAACGAGCUCGCCUGCAGUGAUGCACUCUCACACACACUCUGUAAAGACUUUGUGACAAAGAUUUGAACUGUGAUCAGUAUUGUAGACACUUUGUACUACUAUCAGGUUUGUAAUUGUGACACCACGACCUGACUGGCCACCCAGGAUCACCAGCAUUUAAGGAGCUAAAAGUAACCUGAGCACCGACAUCAGAAACCAACUGAGCAGAUCAACAGUCAAAAACAAGGAAUUUUGAAAGCCGGACCUCUAAGAAGAAAAAUGCUGAUCAUCCAACAUUUACGUCAUUUAGAGCAAUGUGUCACUGCUGUUCUAGAGUAGCAGUAUGGUCACUCAUGACUCAGUCUGACUGAUGUAAACAAAUCAGCCUCGUGUUUUUCAGGCAUUCGUUUCAGUCACACACACAACCAAAAUCAUACAAGAGCUAAGCUCACGAAUAAUUUUGAAUCACUACGAUGUUUUUUUUUGUCAUUUUGACAGAAUUAUUGCUGGAAUUUUCCAGAAAAUCCUGCCGCUUUUUAUGCCGCAUAUUGUUUGUAUCACUGAAUUGCAUUUGUAUAUCAUGUAAGAUAUCUGAUGUGUUAUAUUUGUGUGAUAUUUUUUACUCAUGUGGAUUGUGUUUAAAGUUCGGACAGAAUUAAAGCUCCGUGUUAUUUAUGGUUUUUGUUUUUACUAAACCGUUUCUUAAAAAAAAAAAAAAGUUAAAAGGUAAUAGAUAAUGGUAGGCAAUGGUGGACAU